CUUUUAGACUUCCCUCUCUGUGCUAACGUGUCCUGGACUUGGCUCUCUCUCUCUCUCUCUCGACGACUUACCUUUAAUGGCAACCAUAUUUUUUUGCUUUAGAAAUCUAAAAGUUUAAGUGUACCGUACUUCAAGUGUCCAUAGUUUAUUUACAUCUCUCUAUCUUUACAUAUUAAUUGAUAAGAGUAGCAGUUAUUGAUAAGAAAUUUCUACAAUAACAAACUGAUCGUUAGGUAAAUGCUCUGCGGUAACAUUCAUUGGGUAUUUACUAUGAUUUGGAUGUCAAAAAGAUACGCUAUUGUGUUAACCUUAAGGUUAUCGUACCCUUAUAACUUCUACAUACGUACUUCACUUUAGCUUCCAGUUUAUCGGUAACUGUCUAGAAGGAACCAUCUCCUAAACGCGAUGAGUAAUCUUGUUAUUCUUGCUUAUUCUGGUGGACUUGAUACCAGCUGCAUUCUAAAAUGGUUGAUCCAAAAAAAAUAUGAGGUGGUCUGUUACAUGGCCGAUGUUGGCCAAAAUGAAGAUUUCAAGAAAGCCACGGAAAAGGCUUUGGCUGUGGGCGCUAAAGAUGUAAUAGUUGAGGACCUCCGCAAAGAGUUUGUUACCAACUACAUGCUGCCCGCUGUGCAGAUGGGCUUAGUGUACGAGAGUCGUUAUUAUUUGGGCACUUCUCUAGCCCGGCCGUGUAUAUCCGUCGGCCUUGUGGGAGCUGCUAAAAGACUAGGAGCCCAGUACAUUGCCCACGGCGCUACCGGCAAGGGUAAUGAUCAAGUGCGAUUUGAGCUUAGUGUCUACUCACUGUGGCCCGAAGGCAAGAUUAUAGCGCCAUGGCGUCUUCCGGAAUUCUUCGAAAGGUUCCAAGGGCGAAGUGAUCUUAUAGAAUACGCAAAACAAGAAAACAUCCCUGUGUCAGCUACUCCCAAAGAACCUUGGUCCACUGAUGAAAAUAUUAUGCAUAUCAGUUACGAAUCCGGUGUUUUGGAAGACCCUGGCGCAAUUCCGCCGAAUGGCAUUUUUAAAAUCACUCGUGAUUUAAAACAAGCUGAAGACUACCCCAGUGUUAUCGACAUCAAUUUCGAAAAGGGUUUACCCAUCUCUGUCAGGAUCCCCAGUGGUCAUGAAAAGUCUUUAGUCUUGACAAAUCCGCUGGCUGUUGUGGAAACCUUGAAUAAGCUGGCUGGUCAACACGGGGUAGGACGCAUUGAUAUUGUGGAAAAUCGAUUCUUGGGAUUGAAGUCUCGAGGACUGUACGAGACUCCAGCUGGGACAGUUCUUCACAUUGCACACGUCGAUCUAGAAGCCUACGCGUUGGACAAAGAACUCCUCAGGGUUAAGAAAUAUCUUCAAGAGAAAAUGGCUGACUUUGUGUAUAACGGAUUCUGGUUCUCACCAGAAGCAUCUUAUACUCGCAAAUGUUUAGAGUUAUCCCAAGAAACUGUAAAUGGAAUGGUGACUGUUCAAAUAUUUAAAGGAAAUGUGACCAUCUUGGCCAGAAAAAGUACAACUAGCUUGUAUAACAAAGACCUGGUCUCCAUGGAUAUCGCCGGAGGCUUCUCACCCGAAGACAGCACAGGCUUUAUUAACAUAAAUGCCCUGCGCCUGAAAGAGUACGCUCGCUUUACCAAACAAAACAAAUGAAAUUAUUUUUGAUAUUUUUUUUAAAUUUAUUCAAUUUAUAUAUUUAUUUUACCAAUAAAAAUCAUCCCUCG